GUUAGAUGAUUUACAAAAUUUAAACGUUCAACGGAAAGUUUGAUGAAGUUGGGCGCUUGUGGGGUAGUGCGUGUUAACGCGAGCUCUUUGUUUGUGAAGAAAGUUAAAUUUAUUACUGAAAAUUAAAAUAUAUAUACACGAUUAAGUUUUCAUGAUGAUGAACAACACGCGUAGCUCCAAAAAGGAAAAGAAUCAGCAUAUUCAAGUUUUUGUGAGAGUCAGGCCACCAAACAAUGCAGAAAAAACAGGUAAAUCAUCAACUGUUGUCGAUGUUGCAUCCAGUAAAGAGGUAUUUGUUCGAGAGCGUCCACAGGAUAAUAUUUCCAAAAAAUUCACAUUUGAUAAAGUAUUUGGACCAUCUUCGCAACAGCUUGAAGUUUACAAUGCAGUCGUCAAUCCAUUAUUGGAAGAAGUUUUGGCUGGUUACAAUUGUACGGUCUUUGCUUAUGGGCAAACUGGGACUGGAAAAACCUUUACUAUGGAAGGAUUAUCCAAUGAUUCCAACAUGGACUGGCGAACGAACAGUGAUUCAGGUAUCAUCCCACGUUCUUUGAGUCAUUUAUUUGAUGAACUGCGAUUAUUGGAUGCACAAGAGUAUACGGUGCGAGUUAGUUUUCUUGAAUUGUACAAUGAGGAACUUUUUGAUUUACUCUCCCCAAAUGAUGAUGCAUCGAAAAUAAGAUUGUAUGAGGAUGCGACCAGAAAAGGCGCGGUGAUUAUUCACGGUUUGGAAGAAGUAACGGUGCACAAUAAAGCUGAAGUUUAUAAAAUCCUGGAAAAAGGAUCUGAGAAGAGGCAAACGGCAGCUACUUUAAUGAAUGCACAUUCCAGCCGAUCCCAUACAGUGUUUUCAAUUACCGUACACAUAAAAGAAAAUACAGUGGAUGGUGAGGAGCUUCUAAAAACAGGAAAAUUAAAUCUAGUUGAUCUAGCUGGAAGCGAAAAUGUUGGGAGAUCCGGUGCAGUGGAUCGAAGAGCACGAGAAGCUGGGAGUAUUAAUCAAUCAUUACUGACGUUGGGUCGCGUGAUAACAUCUCUUGUUGAACGAGCGCCUCAUAUACCAUAUCGAGAAUCAAAGUUGACACGUCUUCUACAAGAAUCUCUGGGUGGCAGAACGAAAACUUCUAUAAUCGCCACAAUUUCUCCAUCGAGUAUUAACUUGGAAGAGACACUGUCUACGUUGGACUAUGCAUACCGCGCGAAAAACAUAACGAACCGACCUGAAAUCAACCAGAAGCUCUCGAAGAAGGCUUUGCUUAAGGAGUAUACGGAGGAGAUUGAACGGUUGAGACGUGAUUUGAUGGCCACUCGUGAUCGAAGUGGAGUCUAUUUGGCACCUGAAAAUUACAAAGAGAUCCAGAUGCAGAUCGAAUUGCAGGGCCAGGAGAUUGAAGAAAAGCUUAAUCAUAUAAAGGCUCUAGAAGAAGCGAUGCAGAAGAAAGAGGAAGUAUUUCGCGAUUUAGAAUCGGAGUACACUGCUCAGAGUAAUACAUUGCAUGAAACGAAAAGUGUUCUUGAGAGGACUCAAGUCGUUUUGCAAUCGACUGAGGAGAAUUUAAAGAAAACUCAGGAGGAAAGGGACGAGCAUAAAUAUUUAGUGGAGAAACAUGCGUCUACGGAAAAAAUUCUUUACUCGCAAGCUGAGAAACUGUUAAAUGUUGCGGACACUGCUACUACUGAUACACAUAAACUUCACGAAAAGAUUAUGCGAAAAAAGCAAGUCGAGGAGGAAAAUGAACAUCUCGGACAAAAGUUUAGGAAUGAUAUUCGAGAUCGUUUCGAAAAUUUAGAGAAAGACUUAUCUUCUCAUAAUCAGGAAACCUUGAAAUUUGCUGAAGAAGCCAAAGAUCAUCUCGCUACUCAUCAAGCCAAACAAAAUGCGCGAAUUGACGUUUCUGUGAGACUCAUGGCCAGAGAUCUUGCCAAGGAUGUAUGUAACAUUGCAAAUGAACUUGCAGGAAAUGUAAAUACUUCGAAUGAAACGUGCCAGAUAUUAUUGGAUCAGAAUAUGCAAAAUAUUUCCUCAAUGACAGACUGUGAGGUGAAUACUCUUGGACAAAUUUCUGAAGCCUUAACAGAGAAAAUUUAUAAAGUUUUUAACAUUAAAAUUUCGGAAGAGAUGAGUCAUUCGUAUGAUGAAAUGAAAAGACAUUUAAACAAUUUAUCCAGUCAUUUGACUGAAUCUAGACAACAAAUAUGCCAGCUUGUACUCAGGGAUCGUGAUUACUUGGUGCAAAAGUUUAAUGAAAUUAAUAGAAAUAUACAGAUCCUCUGUGAAAUACAUACCAAAAGUGACCGGGAAGAUGAAGCUCUUGAUGAGGCGUUUCAAUAUGCCAUUGAACAGUUUAAUGACUGGAAGAGAAAGAGAGCAGAGCAUCACAACAACAGAUUAUCCUCAUUAAACCAAAUUGCUGCUAUGGCAGUUAAAGCUGUUACUGAGGAUUCUUUACGUCAUUACAACGAACAUAUGGAUAAAGAGAUGAAUUUCAAAGAAUAUUCAACUAAUAAGAUAGCUGAGGUUCAAAAUACAUUAGCAUCUUGUUCGGUCAAAAAUUUAGAGCUAAGUAAAACUGCUGUCGAGCAAAGUGGUUUACUUAUUAAUCAGUUGCAAUCCAACUUAAGUAAGUGUGGCGAUGCUUGGCUACAGCAAAAAAAUCAAAUAGAAAAUAAAACUAAAGAAAUACAACAAGUGACAAGUGAUCUCAAGACUACGUGUUUAUCUUCAGUACAAGAUCUACAAAAAGUCAUUUCUGAUGGAUGCGUCAAUCAUGAGGAACUAAUGGAAGAGAUUCGAACAAAAGCCAACGUUUCAAGUGCGGAAUUGCGUCAUAAAAUGGAUAACUAUAUCGUAAAAGCAUCUGACUCUAACAACAUGAUUAUUUCGGACCUUCAUAUGGCGCAUCAUCAAGUCGAGAAAUUUAUCUUAGAAGAUUUACGUCGUGAUGAACCUACAGGUUGCACACCCGUGCGAAGGGAAUUUCAGUAUCCAAGAAAACUGGUAACUACGUCUCCUCACGAACGUAUAAUCCUAAGGUUUCGAGAAGCUAGGAAAUGCGUCGAUUCGACUGAAGAUUCAGAAGUAACAGUACUGAACGUGGACGACACCAUAACUGAAGAACACUACCUCUCUGAGAGAGAAAGUCGGAGUAUUUCUGUGUCUCCACCAGUAAUCACAAAAUCACAUUCAACUUCAACACCGUGUAGCAUGGCGAACAAUAAUUCGACAUGCAGGAAUGAAUUUAAUUAUGGCUUAAUCAAAGCUGCCUCAACCUCAGAUCUUUCUACGCUAGAAAGAUCCUGCAGUGAGACGAUCACGCAUUCGGAAUCUGAAACAUCGUUUAAGAGCACAAACAAAGAAAAUGGGAGUAAUGAAUUUGUUAAGCCAGAUAAGAUAAAGCGAUUAUCUCGGCUAAGAACAGCUAAUCGACGGGUACUUGGUAGUUUUAAUAAUUAACUUUUAAUCACUUUAUUCGGAUUACUUUAUAUACAUAAGGCAUGCAAUAAUAUAGAGGACGGAAAAAUAAAAAGAUACUUUGGGUCUUAGUUCCAAAGAUAUUAUAAUUUACACAGUAA